AGGAGCCCCCCGCCAUGGAUGACCUGAACCUGCACUUCAGGUUCCUCAACUGGCGCCGGCGGAUCCGGGAGAUCCGGGAGGUGCGGGAGGGCCGGGACCGGGACCGGGAUCGCGACCGAGAUCGGGGCCUGCGCUGCCAGGAACGCGCCCGGCACAUCCUGGUGGACGGGGACACCCUCAGCUACCGCGGCCCCUCGGGCGAGGUCGGCUGCUACGUGGCCCCGCGGCCGCUGACCCGCGACAGCAACUACUUCGAGGUGUCCAUCGUGGACAGCGGCGUCCGCGGCACCAUCGCCGUGGGGCUGGUCCCGCACUGCCACAGCCUCGAGCACCCCCCGGGAUGGGGGCCCGGCUCCGUCGCCUACCACGCCGAUGAUGGAAAGCUCUACAGUGGCCGGGCCAAGGGGCGCCAGUUCGGCUCCAAGUGCAGCUCCGGGGACCGGAUCGGCUGUGGCGUUGAGAGGGGCUCGUUCGGAGCCCCCCCAGCCCAGGUUUUCUUCACCAAGAACGGCCAGAGGGUGGGGGGUCUGGGGGUGCCCCUGUCGCCCCCGGGGCUGUUCCCAGCCGUGGGGCUGCACUCGCUGGGCGAGGAGGUUCGGCUGCACCUGCCCCCCCCCGGGCCCCCCGAGGAUGAGGGGGGGGCCAUGCUGGUGGACAGCCUGGAGGAGGAGUGGGGGAGGCUCCACGACGUGCGGCUCUACGGCUCCGUGUUGGAGUACGUGGGGAAGGGGAAGAGCAUCGUGGAUGUGGGGCUGGCCCAGGCGCGGCGGCCGCUCAGCCCCCGCAGCCACUACUUCGAGCUGGAGAUCCUGGACCCCGGCGAGAAGUGCUACAUCGCCCUGGGCGUGGCCAGGAAGGAUUACCCCAAAAAUCGUCACCCUGGCUGGAGCAGGGGCUCGGUGGCCUACCAUGCAGACGACGGAAAGCUGUUCCAUGGCAGCGGGGUCGGAGAUCCCUUCGGCCCCCGCUGCUACAAGGGCGACGUGAUGGGCUGUGGGAUCAUGUUCCCUCGGGACUACGGCCGGGACAGCGAAGGUGACAGCGAUGACGCCUCGGCCCCCGAGGUGAAGGUGAAGGUGCGCAACGUGAUGUACCUGGAGGAGGAGGAGGAGGAGGAGGAGGAAGAGGAGGAGGAAGAAGAGGAUGGGGAGGACAUGGAGCAGGAGCAGGAGGGCAGGAAGGUCGUGGUGUUCUUCACUCGGAACGGGAUGGUCGUGGGGCGCAGGAGGUUGGGGUCCCCCCCCGGGGGGCUCUUCCCCAGUGGGAUGCUCAGCACUGGUGAGAAGGUCAAGGUGGACCUGCACCCCCUGAGUGGAUAAAGGGGGGAUCCGCGUGGGGCCCCCCAAAACCUAAAACCCUGCGGUGCUCCUGGUGUCCCCCACCGGGCCCUCCCAGUGCACUUUAGGGGGUUUCCACAGCAGUGGGGACCCCCCCAAGGUGGUUUUUAGGGGGUUCACUCCUGCCCCACCCCCAUAAUGUUCCUCUUAUGGGGCCUCUUUGGGGUGGGGGGUUCCCCUCAUUGAAUCCCCCCUCAAAAGUACCCCCCACCCAUGCCCCCCUGGAUGGUUUUUGGGGAGUCUCAGCCAUGGCCCCCUCAUUUUUGGGGGACUCAAUCCUGUCCCCCCCCCAAUUAUCCCAGUGACCCCCAGGUGGAUUUGGGGUGUCAGUCCUGCCCCUCCCACAAUGGGUGACCCUCGUGCCCCCAACCAGAGCCCCCCAAAUCACCCCCUUGACCGUCCCCACCCACCCAACCCCUCCCACUCCACUGACCCCCAGUGCCCCCCAAAUCACACUUGCACCCCUCAUCUCUUCCAGCGCUCCCCAUUCCUGGGGGGGUUCCAGGGGGCAGAAUUUGGGGUCCCCCAUCAUGAAUGUAACCAGACCCUUCCAAUUCCACGGAACCCCCAGAGUCCCCAGCUCCGUGCUGGGGGCUGGGCUGGUUUUGGGGUCCCCUUUGAUGUUUGCACAUGGCGGGGGGGGGUCCCCAUGCCGCCCCCCCCCCCCCCAAAUAAACCCAUUUCUUACACCAAAAUAAAUGUAGAUUUAUUGGGGUUCCUCCAGGACCCCCAAAUUGCAGGGGGUGUCCUGUGCCCCCUUUUCUA